AUACUGAAACAUCAACAGUGAAAAAACUAAUGUACACGUGGGGUGCAAACAGUUAUGGACAGUUGGGGCUGGGCCAUGCUGAAGAUCAGAGAAUACCACAGUGUGCAGACUGUGGAAACAAAGCAAGAACAGUACGGGCCAUUACUGGUGGUGGUGGACACUCAGCCAUAAUCACUGACUCAGGAGAGCUGCUGGUAUGUGGGCAGAAUCAUAAGGGCCAGCUUGGACUUGGCCAUGUUUUAGAGGUCUUGACCUUUCAGCUUUGCCACUUGCCAGGCAAAAGGAGCGUUCAGCAAGUGUCCUGUGGCUGGGACUUCACCAUUAUUCUUACAGAUAAUGGCCAUGUUCUGGCUUGUGGGUCCAACAGUUUUGGGCAGUUGGGCAUCUCUCCAGAGAUAAAACACACAGCAGAACCUCUGCUAAUCAAAUCAUUAAAUGAACCUUUGAUCAGUGUAGCAGCAGGCCUGAGACAUGCUCUUGCUGUAACAGGUUCUGGUAAGGUGUAUCAGUGGGGUACAGGUCUGUGCACUCAAGCAAAACGGGCACUGAAUCCUCAUCCCGUCUCUGUGCACCUCACCGCCAGGGAGCCCUGUUUGGUUACAGGCCUGGAUCAGGUAUCUGCCUGGAGGGUGACUGCAGGUUCUGCACACUGUGCCUGUUUGACAGACUCUGGUGAUGUGUUUCUGUGGGGCAGUAAUAAGCAUGGCCAGAUGUGCAGCAGGGAAUCCUUCUUACCUCUGCCUACUGUUUUAGAUCGGGUCCUAUUUAAUGGAGAGAAAGUUUAUACUCUACACAGUGGUUGGACACACCUAAUUGCCCAAACAGAAAGUGGGAAAGUCUUUACAUGGGGGAGAGCUGAUUAUGGACAGCUUGGGAGAAGUGAGCCGACGAGUGAAAGUACAGAUCCAAAAUCAAAUGCCUCAACAACAAAACCAAGUUCUCCAAUAAGCCUUCCUUCAGAGGUCAAGGAACUUAACGGAGCUACUCAGAUUGCGUGUGGAUCAGAACACAACCUUGCCGUUGUUGGGAAUCAGGUCUUGUCCUGGGGCUGGAAUGAGCAUGGGAUGUGUGGAGACGGUUCGUUAUGUGACAUUUACCAACCACAGCCAAUUUCUGCCCUUCAAAAUGUCAAACCUCUCUUGAUUGGCUGUGGAGCAGGACACUCUAUGGCAUUUUGUUGUUUGAAGAACAGUGAAGAGAUUGAAGGCUAAAAAUAUGUCAGGAAAAAGAACACAAGUUUGCUUCAACAAAUCAAACCAUCAAUUAAAACAACAUCUUAUGUUUUAUAUAACUAAUCACUAUGCACUGUACGGUGCAUGAAACAUACACAGAACAUGUUACAGAACAGCACAAACAGUGGAGAGGUCUGCAUCACUGAAGAGAGGAUUUUAUCCCACAGCAUACAACCCUUAGCCUUUAAAAUGUAAGCCAUCCAUGUAAAACUCAUCUAAAUGCUGUAGACAAUGAGUUUCCAUUUCAACAUUUAUUUUAUGUUCCGUUUAUUUAAGUACUAACAUUAGAUCAACUUGGACGGAACUUUAUUUUUCUUGUGAUAUGUGUUAAUUAUUUAUUACCUCAUGGUUUGUAACUUGAUCACAAGGGGUUGUAUUGUAAAUCCUCUGAUCACUUUGUGCUCUUGUGAUGUUGAGUGUGCAAAUAGUCCAGCAUAUUAAAAGGGGCUGAUGUAGAUGUCCCCAAGGAUAUGACUGGCAGUGUUGUUUGUUGGUCCCACAGAAUUGGGCAUACUGUACAUUUUCACAACAAUGAAAAAAUAAAUAUUGAAGUAAGCUUAA